CCAGAGAUUGGGAAGUUCUGCGAUCAUACGCUCGCCGGGUAAUCAGCAUUAAAGAGACAUGGAGUUACGAGCCUGGCAUUCCUCCCUUGAGUCUCACAGACCUGGUCUACGAGUCGCUCUGCUUUUGCCCUAUCCCAGUCUUGUUCCCCAAGCUGACGUCAUUGGAGUUGUGGAGUAUGGACGCGAAUCGUUUUCGCUUGAUGGCAUCCAUCUUCCUGGGACCCAGCGUGCGGAACAUUGUCAUCAGUAACGCGACGCUCAAGAGUGAACUUCUUCUGAAUUAUGCCCCAAGCUUGGCCACACAGUGUCCUCUAAUCGAAACCAUCGAGUUUGAAACGCCUCCACCAAACUCUGAGCCAUCGUUGGCAAUGUCUCAGUCUAUCUGCGCCUGGUCAAACCUGCGCUCGGUGAAGUGCGGGCCUGUCGAUGUCUACAUGCUUCAUCAUCUUAGAAACCUUCCCUCUCUUCAUUCACUCGGUGUUUACACCACGCGGACGUCUCAUUGGCUCUCUUCGGACAGCAUCGUCCCCUUUGACGAUCUUGACACUUUGACCCUUGACGCGGACAGCGGUGAUGCGAACGUUCUUGCUUUAGAACGCCUUCUAGGUCCUCCUCCGUCCCCCUCCCAUCGCCGGGCAAGUGUUCGACGUAUAGUCUGCGGACCACUUAGCAGGUCCUCCAUCCACUCAUUCGCCAGAGCUGUUGAGCGCCUCUGUUCUGAUAGUCUCGCCGAAGUCUCCAUUUCCAACUUCUCCGUGGAGGACGUCUCUAUCGAGUCUGGUACUAUCCCUCCAUUCGACGCUCUCCGCCAUCUGACUUCUUUCCGCAACCUCCGAUCAAUGGAGCUCCGAUACUAUGACGAUUCUUUGGCCGAGAUUGGAAGUUCUUCGCGUCGACCCGAUCUUCCCUCAUCUUUCUCUGAUCUUAUCGAGCUCACACGCCGACUUCCUCAGAUACGCAUAAUCGGUGUGCAUAUCGAAAUCGGCAGUGCGCAGAUGUCGCUUCUAGACACGCUGGAGUCGGAGAUUCCUACUUUUGGCAAUGUAGAAAAGCUGUGGCUCUCCUGGAACGAAGAGGAGUUUGAGAUUCUUCCUAGUACGGACGCGAUGGGGGCACUUCUUUUCCGCUUCUUUCCUCACCUGUCGGCCAUUGUUCAGCGGAACAGAGGGUGGUGGCCGGAGCAGGCGGACGAGUACUGGGAGGGGGUUUGUAGAGUGGUGCAGGCAACGCGGGUGAAGAAGCGCAUUACUAUUAGCUAGAAGUGGCGUACCU